AUGGGUACUGCCGACCGAGCUAAGGCUCCGUCUGGAGUCUGCUCAUUAACCAAUCUCGUUCUUAUUGUUGUAGCUGUUGUGGCAUCACUCACUAUUGGAGCUGUAUUAUCUUGGUAUUUCACAAAACUUGCUUAUAGUCCAUCAAAUCCGAGGGAAAGUAGAGAUGUAUCCAUAGCCACGGAUGAUGCUCCAUCACAAGAUUCUGGACCAUCAGCUGUUGAGCUUCGAUUGCCGCGAAGCGUAGAGCCAGUUAGUUAUGACCUCACAAUCAAAACAUAUUUACCUGGGUAUGUUGAUAUACCAAAAGAGAAGAACUUGACAUUCGAUGGACAGCUCACAAUAAACUUGGUGACAUUAAAGUCAUUAAGAAAAUUUGUUUUAAAUGCCAAGAAUUUGACAAUUAAAGAUAACAAAUGCUCUUUGACCGUGAACAAUGAGCCGGUUAAAAUCAAACGUGUCAUGAUGAUUCCUCAUUUGGAAAAAGUCGCAUUCGACUUGGAUGAUGAAGUUAAAGAAGGCUCCAAAGUUGAGUUAAAGAUCAAAUACAAUGGAUUGAUCAAUAACAAUCUUGGUGGAUUGUAUCAAUCAGUUUAUCAGAAUGCUGAUGGAACCACAAAAAUAGCUGCUGUGACUCAGAUGGAAGCUACUGAAGCACGCCAGAUGGUUCCCUGCUUAGAUGAGCCUGAGUAUAAAGCCCCAUGGACUAUUAGCGUGAUCCACCCAAAGGGCACUAAGGCGUUAUCAAAUGGUUAUCCACUCAACAUCACAGAUGUCAAAGAUGAGUUCCAGUUAACUACUUUCGAAGAAACACCCAAGAUGUCAAGUUAUCUAUUGGCCAUCCUUGUCAGCGAUUUUGAACACGUUAAGGCUAAAGGCGAUCACAGAGUUGAAUUCCGUGUGUGGGGGCCUAAGCAAGCAAAAGAACAUUUAGAAUAUGCUGCGGAAGUUGGACAAAAAUGCUUGGAGUAUUAUGAAAAAUACUUCAAAAUACCUUUUCCAUUGAAGAAAAUUGAUAUGGUUGCUCUACCCGACUUCGCGGCUGGAGCAAUGGAGAACUGGGGACUGAUCACAUAUAGGGAGAACAGUUUGUUGUACGACAAGAAGUUAUGGCCACCAAAACAAAAACGAAGAGUUGCCAGCGUCAUUGCUCAUGAAUUGGCUCACCAGUGGUUUGGAAAUCUUGUUACUAUGAAAUGGUGGGAUGAUUUGUGGCUCAAUGAAGGUUUUGCUACCUAUGUCGAGUAUCUUGGAGCUAAUGAAAUGAGUGAUGGAAAUUAUAAAAUGCAAGAUUAUUUCGUUGAAAAAUCUCUCAGUACUGCUUUUGACGCAGAUAAUCAAGCUAACACUCAUCCUCUUUCAUUUAAAAUCGACAAAGCUGCUGAAGUAGCAGAAGCUUUUGAUUCCAUCUCAUAUGACAAAGGUGCAAGUAUUAUCCGUAUGAUUAAAAAUGUGAUGAAAGAAGACAAAUUCAACGAAGGAUUGUUUGAAUAUUUAACAACGCACAGUUAUGCAAACGCUCAAGCUGCAGAUCUUUGGACUGCGUUAAAUAACCAUUCAGAAGUAAUAGGUCCUUCCGAUGUUGAACUAGAUAUUCCGAAAUUUGCAAGUCAGUGGACAACUCAGAUGGGAUUUCCAUAUUUGACUGUUGAAAAUGUUAACGAUACUUCCGUCAGAAUAUAUCAAACCCGAUACAAAUUAAAUCCUGAUGCAAAAGAAAAGGAAAAAUACGCAAAUCCAACAUACAAAUUCAAAUGGGAUGUACCUGUUUGGUACAAAGCUGGAGAUAAGACGGAAAAAAUGGUUUGGUUAUCCAGAGAUGACGAUUUAUAUCUUAACCUGGGUGAAAAUCAUAAAGAAGAACCAAUCGUGUUGAAUGUGGAAGCUCGCUCGUACUUCAGACAAAACUACGAUGUGGAUGGCUGGAAAAAGAUUAUUAAGCAGUUGAAAGCAGAUCAUACAGUAUACAGCAAUGUUACUCGUUAUGCUAUUAUCUCUGACGCGUUUGCAAUGGCUGCUAUUGAAAAAGUUGAUUAUAGCACACUAUUUGAUCUUUUGGAUUUCAUCACCAGCGAUACGGAUUACAUGCCUACUUCUGCCUUCAUCGACGGCAUGAAAGAUCUAGAAAAAUAUUUCGGAACAGAGCCUGAAGCUAGGUAUUACGAUGAUUAUGUGAGCAAGAUGAUUCAUAUCGAUAAGUUCAAGGAAACGUAUCACUCCAUUGCCGAGAACUACUUAGACGAAACUCAAUAUUAUAAAAAUAUGCGAGAGUUACGUAUGUUCCGAUUCGUCUGUAACCAUGGGUCUGUAGAGUGUAACUCAUUAUUGAAAGAAACAUUUACUACGGAGGUAACGAACACCUGCAAAUCAAAUCAACUCCUUAGCAAAUGUGUUUCAAUCGCUGCACCUCUUAGAGAACACGUCUAUUGCGCUGGCGUCAAGAACGGAGACCAAGGAGUAUUUGAGAAGAUGUUACAAUAUUAUAAGAAGGAACCGAUUCAAAUGGAACAAACAAAUAUAUUAACAGCUUUGGGUUGCAGUCAGGAUCCCGUUACUUUGAAGAGCCUAUUAUUGAUGGCAAUCGAGAGAGGUAAUGUUAUUCGUUUCCAAGAUGUAUCCUCUGUUUUCCAAUAUGUUUCAAAAAAUAAAAUCGGCAUGGAAUUAUUGUUCAAAUUCCUUGUCGAACAUUGGAAUGAAAUUCACGAGAAUUUCAAAAGUGAUAUAGCAACACUGGGAAGAAUUAUUUCCUAUUGUAUCGCGAAUAUCAGGAACGAAGCUGAAUUGAACCAACUCAUCGAAUUCCGUAGAACUGCUCCACAUGCAUCCGAGUACUCUAUGUUCUCACUCAAAAUUGAAAUAAUUCAAACUACUAUUGAAUGGAUCAAGAAAAAUUAUAAAACAGUAACGAAGCUGUUAAGAGACAGAGUUUGA